AUCUUCGAACACGAGAGCCACCCAUGGUUGUUAAUAGAGACAGAGUUCGUGCGAUACUAGCUGAACUGAACCCAGUUGGCGUUGCAACACGAUGGGCUCAAGUGGUGUCUAGGAGACGCUACUCCGUCCCAGAGCCAAACUCACUGUGGCAUAUAGACAGCCAUCACUCAUUAGUGCGCUAUGGUAUUUACAUCCACGGCGGCAUCGACGGGAACAGCCGGCUGAUACCAUACCUGAAAGCUGCACCAUACAAUACUGCUAGAGUCGCCUUUGAGGCUUUCACGUUUGGGAUCAGGAGCUACGGAAUCCCCAGCAGAAUUCGGGUUGACGGAGGAGUGGAAAAUGUCCUUAUUAAGAGAUUCAUGACCAUUGCGAACGGUGAUGGCCGAGGAAGUGCAAUUGAAGGAAAAUCCGUACAUAAUCAAAGGAUUGAACGAUUAUGGAGAGACGUUUUCCAAAAAGUGGUGUUUACUUUCUACCAGUGCCUUCACGCUCUCGAGGAUUCAGGCGCCUUAAAUCUUGAUGAUCCGAAACACAUUUUCUGUGCUCAAGCUGUUGUUCUCGCACGGCUUAAUCACUCAUUGGAGUGUUGGCGCCGUGCUAGAAACAACCAGGCCAUUAGGACAGAGCACAACCAAACUCCUGAGCAGUUGUGGAUAUCUCGGCUUGUACCUGCCCUACAGCAGUCGGAUUCCACUGCUGUAAGGAAUAUCAGGACAGACAGAGAUAUCCCUGCAUGAGUUCAGGAGGUAUUGCCAGAUGCCUACUUUGACGGGUCGGUGUUCAUCACCCCCAGAG